UAAAUACGCAACACCCACACACUCGUAUUUGAAACACAUUCAUAAACAUAGGCAUCGUCUUUGUAUUAGGGUAUUUUAACUAAAACCAAAUAUUCAUCUCAGCAUUGCUACUAAAUAACAAGUUCGGUUGCCAUACUUAUCAGCAUAGCGAAUGUUAAAUUCGAAACGGUUAAUGGUAAAUAAUUUGAGCACUUGCGAGCCACAACUCGAUAAAUCUUUACACACAUAUACUUUAGGUUGAGAUGAUAAGUGUUUUUAUUUUAAUAUUAUGUUGAAACAUUGGGACCGUAAAGUUAUAUAAGUAAAUGUGUUUUACGAAUUAAAUAAUAUCUAUGAGGUGAAACGAGCUUGAGGAUGACUUCUCUCAAGCAUGGAGUGAACCUGAGCCGGCGUGCGUGUAGGCAUUACAUUAACCUCUUGGCUGCUGCUGCUUUCCUGGCUGUUGCGGUAGCGAGUCCUAUUGAGAGCACUACAAAACAGAGUCCGUCCAUAAGAAUCGAUGGGAUCUCCACGUAUCCAGGGCUCGGUUUCGGCCCCAUGGGCCCUGUGGCUCCGCUGCCAGGAGAGCCACCCGGCACUCAGCUACGUCAACAACAGGAAACGACAACGGAAACCACGACCACUGUCAAACCGAAGAAGGAAAGGACAUUGGUCAUAGCAGCCGUGGAAUUUCACAGAGUCGAGACUCCGUUUCUGAUCGGUGUUUGGAUUUUCUUUGCCAGUCUUGCUAAAAUAGGGUUUCACAUGGCACCGAAAUUGUCUAAAAUGUUUCCGGAGUCAUGUUUGCUUAUCUUUGUUGGAGUUUUAAUUGGAGCCCUUCUUUUAAGUACUCACAGUGUCCAUGUACAGCCGCUAACACCUGACACUUUCUUUCUCUACAUGUUGCCGCCAAUUAUAUUAGACGCUGGAUAUUUUAUGCCUAAUAGAUUAUUCUUCGAUCAUCUCGGAACUAUUCUGCUAUUUGCCGUAGUUGGUACCGUAUUCAACACUUUAACAAUAGGUGCGUCUUUGUGGGCUUGUGGCCAAACUGGUAUGUUUGGAUGCACAACGCCAUUAUUGGAUAUGUUGUUAUUUGGAGCACUGAUUUCUGCAGUGGACCCAGUUGCAGUUCUUGCAGUCUUUGAAGAAAUACAUGUUGAUGAAGUUCUUUAUAUUGUUGUAUUUGGGGAAUCCUUACUUAAUGAUGCAGUUACUGUAGUACUGUACCAUAUGUUUGAGGCAUAUACGGAGAUGGGGGCAUCUCGGCUCGUGUAUACUGAUUUCCUUGCUGGAUUUGCAUCUUUCCUAGUAGUAGCAAUUGGUGGUACUUGCAUUGGUGUCAUAUGGGGUUUCGGUACCGGCCUUGUGACUCGCUUUACUAACGAAGUUAGAGUUAUCGAACCCAUUUUUAUAUUUGUUAUGGCAUAUUUAGCAUAUUUAAAUGCUGAGAUGUUUCACAUGAGUGGAAUUUUAGCUAUCACAUUUUGCGGGAUAACAAUGAAGAACUACGUAGAAGGAAAUAUAUCGCACAAAUCACACACAACCAUCAAAUAUACUAUGAAGAUGUUAUCAUCAUCAUCGGAAACAAUUAUAUUCAUGUUCCUUGGCGUGGCGACUGUCAACAACAACCAUGAUUGGAAUACUUGGUUUGUCUUAUUGACCAUCGUUUUUUGCUCAGUCUUUCGCAUAAUAGGUGUUUAUAUAUUUAGUGCAGUGGCUAAUAAGUUCCGCCUGCACAAACUAAAUACGGUUGAAAAAUUCGUUAUGUCAUAUGGAGGUCUUCGAGGCGCGGUCGCAUUUGCAUUAGUGCUAUUAAUAGAUCCAGAAGUAGUAAAACUUCAGCCAAUGUUCGUAACAACUACGAUAGCAGUCAUAUACUUUACAGUAUUCAUUCAAGGAAUAACAAUAAAACCACUUGUGAAGAUAUUAAACGUCAAAACUGCAGAGAAAAGGAAGCCAACGAUGAAUGAACGAAUACACGAGAGGUUCAUGGAUCACUUGAUGGCGGGCAUAGAAGAUAUAUUGGGAAAACAUGGUAACCAUCACAUACGAGAUAAAUUUAAGAGAUUCGACAAUCGAUUUAUUAGACCGUUCUUGCUAAGGAAUUAUCAGGGAGCUGAGCCAAAAAUUCUAGAAACUUAUUCAAAGCUUGCUAUGAGGGACGCCAUUGAAUACAUGCAAAGGAAUGCCUCGACCAUUGGAAACAUUUCCGGUGCUGAGUCAAUGUCAGCUAUCUUUAAGAAUUAUACUAAUGCUAACUUCAAUGGAAGCCCGAGUUUGACUCAAUUGGAUUCAUCAACUUGGAAUAUCGACAUGCAGGAAUUGGAAUAUAAUCCGUCAAAAAAGGAUCUAACAGACGCUAGAAUUCACCAUCUGCUUGCUGAAGAACUAUGCAAACCAUAUCGACGCCACCGUCGUUUGAGUUACAGUCGACAUGCCGUAAACGAUCGUGAUUUGGGCACACAGGUUAACUACAAAACACAUAUGAAUAUACGCAGACUAGUUGGCGAUCGGAAACACCACCAUAAGCGCAGUAAGAGAGGCAAGCAAGAUGGGAAAAAUCAUGUAACUUUCCCCGAAUUCCAGCAAAACGGUUCGGCCAAACAGUUCACGCACGGUAAAAAAAAAUAUUAUAGAUUAGACUACAUUGAUGAAGUAUUGCAAGAGGAUGAGGAGCAACCACGUCGGGAGAAUGAUGAUGGCGGUAUAACUUUCACUGCAAAAUCCCCUGGAUAUGAUGAAGUCAGUCCGACGUCGUCGCAUAAAGAGAAUAGUAGUUCUCUUCUAAAUCAAUUGGCUAACCUGCCUGGCUUCAAUCCUCUGAAAGCGAGAAUCGUAAAACAGUACGCUAAAACACCUGAAGAAAUACUGCCGACAGCUGUUGAGAAAUCCUUACCGUGGAGAAGGGACAGAUCCACGUAUAACUUUGUUCCCAAUGAAGAUAUUCUUGAAGAGGACGAGAGGCGAAUGUCGGAUGAUAAUGACACAUAUAUGACAGUAGCGGAACAAGCCCGCGUCGCCACUCCGACAGCUACAGAGACGAUGUUGCCAUGGAAACGGGAGGAAGCUGAAGGGACAACCGCCCUUAAGCAAUCCGAAUUCCCCUCGUGGGCAUCGAAUAAAGAAUACUUAGCUUAUAGCUCACCCUCUGCUACUUUCCUAGGUGGUAUAGAGAAGCCAAAACACCCGAAAUCUAUCAUAGGUCUUUUCCGAAGAGAGAGUUCUAGUUCAACGCAAGCUGCAGAGCUGCCAAUUGCCUCUGAUUCUGAAGGAAAAGCCGAUUCUGUUAAAGGCGAUAGUUCAUCUAUAAAGGGAGAAUCUUUAUACUCGCAACCAAAGCAAGGACCAAGUUUGUUGUCGAAAAGAAGUACAAGUCUCGGUGGCCCCUCUGUUCUACUUAUGGAAGAUGUAGCUCAUUCUGAUCCUCUUGGUGCGUCGUCGCGACCAGCAAGUAUUAUGCAGGGUCCGCACCGAGGACAAUGUAGACGAGGAUCGAUGUUGGAACUGACUGGAUCUUUGUCGCGUGAUGCGAUAACCGAGGAGAAAUGCAGUAAAUCGUUGCCUGAGAGUGAGCGAAUGGGUGUCCGGCGACUUGCUCUGGGCCAGCAGAGUUUGCCCAGGGAACCCUUCAGUCGCCAACUUACUAUGGCCUCUAAUCUCCUUACGAGCUCGUCGUCUGAUGAAUCGUCAGAUGAGAACACCUGAGUGCGCCGCCGUGGUGACCAAGAUAGGUUGCCACUGCUUAAAUACAGAACACUAGAGUAGGUGUUACUAUUACUAUUGUUACUACUGUGUUCUCGAGGUUUCUUUCAUAUUUUUGUAAGUAAGAGAAUUUUUUGUGAUUAAUCAGAGACCUUUUGGGCUUAAGAAUUCUGACGCACAGUACAUAAAGGAUCUCUGUCUUCAACAUCUACCAACAUAUAUAAAUAACCAUGCAAUGACAAUUAAUGGAAAUGUUCACAAAAAUGAAUUAAAACAACAAUAUAUAUUUUUUUUAAUAUAUCGUUCCGUUUACGUUUGCAUGAAAUUAUCAAAAACUAUUUAUGUAGGUGGCUCAAAUGAGAAUUUAUAUUAGAUCAAACAGUAUUAUUUGUUUUUGUUUUUUUUAUUAUCAAUCAUCCAAAAAAAAUACAUAUUGCUGAUACUUAGUUCAUACUCUUCAGUAUUUUUCUAUGCUAUUUAAUAAAUAUGAAUUUUUCAACUGGUGAUAUUCUCAAAUCAAAUGAUAUAUAGGUAGAUAAUAAUGAUAUUUACUUAGAGAAUAGUAGAUAAAUAAAAAAAAUAGCGCAGUUUUUGAAUUGUUUUUAAAAAUGGCAACAGUUGCCAAUGACAAUACAUAUGGUUAAGUGUGAUGUACAUAUAUAUAAUAAAUAUUAUGUAGUAAGCUACAUAUAAUAAUCGUUAUUCAAUAUCUACUUACAAAGUGACUCUACUUUAAAUAUUGUAACAUGAAUCCAAGCAGCCAUUGUUAAUUUUUAAUCGCACUACCGCAAACAAAACUUACGAUUUUGAUAUACUAUAUAAGACAGUAAAAUUUAUCCUAUUUAAACAAGUUUAUUUAUUACAAAAAGAGCACAAUGGUUGAAACUAAUUAGUGUACACUUGAGUGAAGAAAGGCAAUUACUUAACAUAAAAAAAAAACAUUAAAUAUGUAUACAAUGGGUCCCGUUUAUACGAGAUCUUUCUUUUCAUUCUAAGGUACGGAAUCCUAAAAGUAUGUUAAUAUUACUGUCAUUGGCAAUGUGACGUCACAAUGUUAGACAUCUGUCUCGAGUUAGAAAUUAAACUCUCAUGCUUGUAAGUUUGAUAAUAGCUAGUUAGUUUAAAAGUUAUAUUGUUGCCAUUAGAAAAUUGAAUUGUGUACUAAGAUCAAUUAUAUAUAAGAAACAUUUAUAAAUAAAGUUAAGGCAAUUAGUACAAUAAUAGCGCUAGUAAUUUAAUUUUUUUCUUAAUCUUCAUUCAAUAAGUAGAUAUUCUUUAAGUUUUUUGUCUCAUCGAGAGGCCUAAAAAAAUUUUAUUUUAAAACAUUGUAUCUAAAUAAAAGGCUAUGUAUAAGAUCUAAACAUAAAAUAACAAAAUUUUGACGUCACUUGCGUUUUUCUAAUUCAUUAAAAAAGGUGUUAAAACUACAACUUAAUUAAAAUAUUAAUCACAAAACCUAAGUACACCAAGGCUAGUGACUCAAAAAAAUAUCAUAUAUAUUUUCAUUGAUUUAAUUUAUUAUAUUGAUUUUAAUUUGUUUUACUUAAAUAAUUUUAACAGACAGUAAAUAUUGGGACAUUUUAUAUUUAAACAAAAAAAAGUGUGGCUUUUUCUUUUAAAUAUGAAUAUAAUGACUGGCCCGUUGGCGCAGUUGGCAGUGACCCUGCCUUCUGCUGCUGGUUCGAAUCCCCCAUAGCGUGGGUGUAUUAUGUGUAUAAAUAUGAAUUAUGUAUUUAUUUUAUACGUAUUUGUCAGCUGUUACCUAUAACACAGGUAUUUAACUGAAUACAUAUGUGACAUAGUUGUUUGUAUCGUUUAUAUAAUAUUGAAAUAUUUAGGUUGUAUGCCUGUGUGCUAUGUCAAGAACAGCACGUAGAAAAAUAGAUAUAUUAUUAUUUUACCUAUUGUCAUCACGGGCGUUGUGAUAUUUAUUGUAAAUAGUGUCCUAAUAUUAUGUAUUUAUUCUAUUUAAGAAAGAGUAAGAUAAAAGUAUGUUAAUGCGUAGAUAACAAUUUGAAAUAUAGAUAGAAAUUGGACAAUAGCAGUAGUCUUCAUUUUUUAAAUACAUCCGGUAUUUUAUUUCAUCCGGUUUUCCAAUUUUUAUCGGAUUGAUUUAUUUUGUUUUAAACAUUUUAGUUUGUAGUUUAGUUGUAACACAGUAAGUAAUAGAAUUACAUUUUUUUGGAUAAGGAAGUAGGUACUUAAUGAAAAAAUAGGAUCAAAUAAAUCCAGUAUGUUUUUCGUAUGUUAAUUUUUUAUUUGCCAAUUAUUUAGGAUCUUUUUAAAUUUUGUAUUAUUAUUAAGUUUAUACAAUUUUACUGUUCUUUUUCUCCGUAUCUCCUACUUUUUUUUCUAAUAGUUAUAUUGUAAUAGGCUGUUUUAUUUUAUUUGUACGAAAUUUUGCUAUUUAUAAUAAGACUUCUUUUCGUGUUAAUUUUAACAUUAACAAAUGAUGUACUAAAUUUGUAAAUUUUAUUAAAAAAAAUUGUAAAUAAAAUAAACAAUUGCUUUAAGCAUAUGGGUUUUAAAAUGUAUCUCCGGUCGCUUAAUAUUCCUAUAAACCAUUUGAUAUGGUCCUAUUGAAAAUCUAAACUGGAAUAUUAAGUGAUUUAAAUAAUAAAUAAUUCGUAUAAAAAUCAUUUAAUACAAAUAAUUUUUAACAAAUUUAAAUAAUACCUACUUAAUAUCAAUAAGCUUUUCAUGAACUAUGGUGUGUCAAUUGAAAAACAAAUAGUGCCUAGCUUAGAUAACCACAGCUCAUUGUUCAAAUGAUCUUAACAUUGUUAUAGGUAAUAUCAUAAAUAAAUUAGUUAAACGAUAGAAUGUAAAGCAUUUCUUUGAAAUAAAUUAUAUGAAUUGAA